AUGGAGUUUUUCUUGGCCUGCAGCCACGGACCCGUCCAAACAAAGGAUUUCGAGCUUUAUGGCCUUUUUUCGAAAAGGGAACUCGAAGACCCAAGGGCUUCACCAAAAAGAUCGAAGAUUCUUUGUUCCAAAAAUCUCUGGGAGAGAAAUCCUCCUAGGUAACAAUUCAUUUAUUCAAAGAUUUUCGACUAAAAUAAGAGUACUUCAAACCUUUUUUUCGAAAAAUGUUCACCGGGAAAUUUCUACACAAAUCCUCAACGGAAAAAUAAGCCAAGAAAAGUUCUAGCCGGUUAAAAGGUUUUUAGCUCAAAUUCGUGAAAAUUAUAGCCUGGCUAAUGAAAUAAAAGCCGUAGGUUGGUUCAUAGCAGGGAAAAACUGUUUGCACAAGGUGUGCUUGGCAGCGGAGUCUUUGUUUUGCGACCACUCGAAGCAUUGAGCCGUUGCUCUUUUUGCAUUUCCGAUCCACUGAUAUCCCAGGAAUCGCCGCGAAUCUUCGCGGCAAUCGAAUCCCAAUCUCAUUCUCCUUCAUCUUCCACCAAUUGAGUUUCUAUCAUCAAAAAUUGAUAUAGAAGUCACGAAUCUUCAUUCAAAACUAAUAAAAAUCCUCGACUUCUUCAACUCUUUUGGGCCUCAUUUCACCUGAGCGCUGUUUUAAAAUUUUUAACUCAUGGUCCUUGCUUUCUGAGUCAUCGCUAAAGAUGAAAGAGCAAACCUUCCUUUGAUCAUCUUACAAGUAAAUAGUUAUCAUCUUAGUUUUUCUGAAACCUCUUAUCAAAAAUUCUUUUUUAAAAAAAAUUUAAUAUUUUUUUGAAUCGAAAGGACAAAAAAAUGAAAAAAACUUGAACAAAUCAAAUUUUUUUUCGAUAUCAAAAGCGCCUUUUUUAACUUGUUGGUUCUUGUAUGAAAUUCAAUCACAAAACCAUUUUAUUGCUUUUAUUUCCGCUUAUUUCUGCAAAUAUCGUUCUUGCUGCUUUUCCGAUUCCCACUGUAAUUUGGACCUGUGAAAGGUUUUGAUGUAGGAGCUUAGGCUUUUAUUUAUCCCAGAAGUCACUAAGUUUUUUUUUGUUUUUCUGACCCUUGUAAAAAAAACUUAUUUCUAAUUUCCAGCUCCAUUAUUGGCCAGCAACCCAUCAACGCCUAUUUGACAUUACCAAAAAACACUCAGCCGGUUUUUUUCUGGACAGCCAGAAGCUGAUUGGGGAAAAAAGCCUUGGCGUCUUCCAGCCUCAGAUUUUUCUUCCUUCUUCAAACUUUUCUUCCUCCAGCUCUUUCCUUUCCCGUAACUAAACGUAGGGAACCUUGCAAAUCCUUCUAAUUUCUUGCAGUCAGCCUCCUUGAAACCCAAGAGUCCACGGCCAAUUUUCUCAUUUCCUUGAAACGCGGGUCUUUCUAUAUAUAUAACAGAACAACUCGGACAACUGAGCCACAGACGAAUUCUUCUGGAAAAUUAUCGUUCAGGUUUUCUCUGUUUCAUCUUCUUCAAUUCGAAGCAGUCUGCGCUCUCUACUCCUACACAGGCUUAGUCACUGAUCUUGCAUUACGAAAUUUAAAAAAAUUACAGAAUAAAAAGAUUUUGACAAAAAAUAGCUUCUAGGCACAGCUUUGAAUGUAUUAGUGAAACAUAGAAGUUCUUGUUUUUUCCUAAAAAGUGGAGAUCGUAAUUAAUUACUCAUAAGAUAUAAUAUAAAUAACCUUCAAUAAUAAUUAAGAAUAGAAAUCUAAAAAAGGUUUUUUUUUUCCACUGGAGUAGACAUUUGGCUUUUUUCAUGGAUAUCUUGUCUACAGUUUUUGAAAGUCUCCUCUUUUGUUCUUCUUUUUUUACAGCAGCGACUUUUCUUUUUGCUGUCUUUCCUGAAAUACUUAUAGCGACGUCGUCGUUCGUUUCCCGAUUUGUCGAAUUUCCUCCAUGUUCCUUUUUUUCGCGCUUCUGCCACGUGAGAGAAAAGACAAAAAAGUGUGGCGAACAGGCCAACACACAGCGGAGAAGGCGGAAAAAACGGAGAGCUGAAGAAAUAACGCCUGGCUGAGCAUUCCCGCUUCAUUCGUUAAUUGCGCGCUUCGGUUCAACGGCGGCACUUGCGAGCUCCUACUUCCCGUCCGGCAUCAGCUCAGGUACGUCAAAGUCGACUCAGCACUCCUCAUCAACCGGGAGGCGAAGUCAGUCAGACUGAAGCAUAACCUGAAAAGUAGGUCUUCCCGACAGAUCCAGAAUUCGUUUAGAAAAGAAAUACAAAUUAAUUCAAUACGAACUGGUCUAGUAAAAUCCUAGCCAGUGAGGGUUGUUUUGAAAAAAUCAUCUCUAGUCAAAUCGCUUCAAACUGAAAGCUCGCCAAGAAUGGUUCUACACGUCUCAAUACUCAAAACGACUCGCGCAGCCGCAUCAAAACUAUGAAAACUUUUGAAUCGCUAAAUUUAAAUUGGAUGAAUACCGCGACGUCUUGAGUCAUUCUACGAAUGAUCAUACUAAUUCUAGCGUUGGCUUCUGUAGCUAAUACUUCUUUCCCACGAUAUAGCUACGACUUUAAACAAAAAUGGCUGCUUUUUACAUCAAGCCGUAUUGAACUUUGUCUUAUUCAAGCCGGUUUUGGGUUAACCUUUUUUUUCGAAAAAGGUUUCUUCGAAUUGGAAAGAAUGGUUCCGAUUGGGGAAAAUGAAUAAUUUUUCUGCGUUUGGAGGUUAUGGCCCAGAGUUUUCAGAUGCUUUAAUCUUAGGUGGAAGGAUUUGAUUCUAAUAGAAAGCUUUGGAGCGGAAAGGACAGAUAUACUAUCAUUAUCAAAUUGUCAGGCAGUUUUGGCCCAGAACGCCUUUGCAGCUUUUCCUUACACAUCUUCUCUGGAGAUCAUUAACAUUGUGUUCUCAGGUGAUAAACUGAACUUAAACACAAGGAAAUGGCGAAGUAGUAUGAAAUAUGAAGAUUCUAGGGCAUGACAUGCUGAGCGUCUCUUCCUGUUUCUGUCACCACAGAGCCAAAGUUAUUUUUUCUUCCUUACUUUUUGCGCUUUAAUCUUUUAUCGGAUACAAAUGUUAAAAAAGGUGGCUAUUUUCAGACGGCGCCGGCGACGACAAUGGCCGUCUUCAAGAAACUAAAGAAGAGCAAAGACAAAAGUGCCCCUUUGCCAGAACCUGAACCUGUCAAGCAACUCGAUAAGCGCGUCGGCAUGGACAGCUAUCGGUUAUUUCGCAAUACUGAAAAAAAGAAAUAGGCAUUCGAAGUUUUCAGAGAUCGCAAUUAAAAAAAACUGAUUCAUUUAUAAAUAUUUUAGGGUAUCAAAAAUAAUUGUAAAAAAAUUACGAUCUGACGACCCUUGCGGUUUGAAGUUCUUCACAGCUAUUUUUGACACCUUGAACCAGGCUUGUGCGUCAGACCGGGCGGCUCGGGCCAGCCUGGCCUGGGCUGUGGGCUUUCAUUUCUGAGAAAAAGCCUGCGCGGGCUCGGGCCAGGCAGGGCUUCGAAAAAAAUUUUGAACUUCAUUUGAAAGUUUUCACCGAAAAAUUAUUUUUACUUGUUGAAUCGUAGUUUCUCAUAACUCAAUGAGAAAAAAUAAGAGAAAACAUCACUUUUAUCGUAAAAAAGCCGAAAAAUACGACUUGAAGUAAAUUUGAGCUUUUUGGACCGGGCCGGCCAUUUUUGAAACCUUCCUAAGGCCGGGCCGGGGCUGUUAGGCGGACGGGCGGCCCUCGCUUUCAAAAACCAGUUAUUGAAUUUAAAUUAUGCUAUUCUAAGAUUAGUUUCUAUGUGACGCAUGUCGCAGUAAAAUAACCUGGCCAUACAAUGUUAAUCUUCAAAUUUUCAGAGACUUCUUCACUCUCAAGAACUACUGGAAAGCGGUUGAUCGAAAAAGGCAGGACUCGGCCCAAAUAUUCUUCAGCAAGUUCGUUAAUACCUUUUUCAAUUGAUCUUCUUGGUUCUUCCUUGUAAAGAACCUUCUAAAAAAACGAGUAACGGCCCCGCUUUUUGUCAGCAUCAUAACGUAAUAGACUUAUAUCAACGUGAGAACGUAUUUCAUUGCUCUUUGAGUUCAUACCUCCGACAAAUACAAAAUUAGGUAGACGGGAAAAGACUCGUGUGCAGGGAAAAGCCUAAUUGCCGCUUCGGAAACAAUUUCCUCCCAUUCUCCCUUUUUUCAAUCGAAUGGAGCAACGAAGUCAGAAAUCGGUGGAAAAGAGAGAUAGACCUUUUGAAAAGGUGAUAUCUUCUGACUCAUAGGUAGGUGAGAGAGAGGAGUUUUUGCGGCUAAGCCUUUACAGAGGCUCGCGCCGAAAACCUCAAGCCUGACAAAAACUUCCGAUUCCUUUUACCGCCUCUGAUAAAGACCCUCGGACUAUGACAGAUCCUAGAAAAGAGAAACGAAUUAAAGCGAAUUUUCCUGAGGGCGCAAGACUUGCGUCACACAAUAUAUAUCUCUCUCACAUGCCAAGGCGCCGUUUCCAAUGGCGAUACGAGAACGAAGGGGCGGCGCCGCCACCUCAAAGACGUCGCCGUCGCCAUCCACACUCGCGAGCUGAUUCGCGACUUCUAGAGCAGCCGGAUGUUCGGCAAGCCCAGCGAAGCGACAGUCUCAUCGCAGUCAAGCCAAACCAAUGGGUUCCGGGGCCUCCAAGGACGUGAAGAAACCGCCGCCGCCUCCAGAAGAAGAAGCUCCGCCGCAACUCGACGCUCGACUGCCUUAUCCAAACUUUCGAGAACUGUUCACGUUGAAAAACUAUUGGAAGACGGUUAGGAGGAACGACAAGGACUGCGGGAAGUUCAUGCUUGCCAAGUGAGUCUGACCAAGAUCUUGGUUGUCUUGUCCCAUCAACAAGGUAUUUUUCAGCUGUUUCUUCGCUUUUUCUUCGUCUUCAAUUUUCUUUGUCCUUAUUUUUUCUCAUAAACGUUCUAAACGUCAUCUGCCACCGUUUAAAGUUGAUUCAGAAGCAUUCAGAAAGUUUUUUUCUUUGCUUUCUUAAGUUAUGAACAAACUUCAAAACGAUAAUUAUGAAUACUUUAUCGCACUUGAUGUUGGUUAUUAAACGAAAUAAUUCUCAAGCUCCAGAUAAAACUGAGAGUGAGAAAAAUAAUUUUGCUAUAGUUUGAUUUCAUUUGGGAAGUAACAAAAGCGAUUUGCUAUUCUGGGAAUAUGUAAUUUUUUUUUGAUGUUGAAACUCUGACAAAUUUUUCUUGAUAACAGGUUGAAAGUUAAAAAAAGAAACAUUUACUGAGUUUGCUCACUUGAAGUUUGGCGAGAAAAGGAGAGAAAAAAGAGCGGAAGAAGACUUUAUCGUUCAACUCUCAAACUGAUUAAAAUUACUCCUGCGGUUUUUUUCCUUCCACCAGCAGAAAUCGGAAAGCCCCUCUAUCAAUUAACCUGGAUUGAACGGUCAUCGAGCAAUGCCAAAGGUUCAGUUGGCUGGGAAAUCUGAGUGAAACAGUUAUCCCAUCGAUGGGAACUUCUCAUGAGGCCUAUUUUCGGAAAAAAAAAGCGACGGGUCUCAUGUGACGCGACCUUGCAGGUACCUGCACGACUUUCCGGAGAACAAGCCGCUCUACAGUAAGCUGAAGAACGUCGACGCGGCUACGGUAGACGCCUCGUGCAGCGACCCCGCCUUCGAGACCAUGUCCGCCAACUACCUCAAGGUUGGUUUGACCCAACUUUUCCCAGUUGUGAGGCUCGUAGAGCUCAUCUUCAGAUCCAGAGAAAAACACUAAAACAUAUAUUUUCUUUAUUAGGAGCUUUCAAGAAAGCAACUACUCGAAUUUGAAAAUUGUCUUUUUUAACUAUUUCCAUUUCUGGCACGCAAACAUGUUUAUGAUGAGAAAUCCAAAGGUUGACGUUUAAACGCAGGAAAAUAUGUGUUUUGAUACUCGCAACAGAUUGCCGGAGUUUUCAAGAAAGCAUAUACAUAUUCAACCCAGGUUGUACACAUAUAAAUCUCUUCUCUACGCAAAUGUAAGCAAAUUCGGAAGCUUUCAGAAUUUCGCGCCUGAGCCUCUUCUUUUCAAAUUUUUAAUUUUCCACUAUGGAAUGAAAGUAUGCAAUUUUUUUUUCUUCACUUCCUGAUUUUGAAAGAUCGGUCUUUUUUGCUCGAGUGCUACGAAAUUGGAUAAUUCGUAGGACCAACUUCCCAUUAAAUUAAAUUUGAUUUCAGUUCGAAUUCAGCUAAUUGUUUGCGGAAAAUAGAAGAAAAAAAAAAGAAUUCUGUCUCGUCGGCCAAUUAAAAUAUUUUCACGUCAAAACAUUUCAAAGUUAAUCAAAGAUCUAAAAAAACAUUUCUUUUAAAAAUUUCAUCUGUCAAAUAUCAAAAAGCUGAAUGACGGAAUAACAUUCACGUGAGGUCAUUCAUUUAAGGAUAAUAUUGAAAAAAAAAUCCAACCGCAAAUGUCUUGAUGAAGAAUUUCAGGUCUUCGAUGACGUCAUAUCAGCAGUCGAGGAAAAGCCAGGAGACGUCCAACAAGCCUGCGACAGACUCACCUCCGUCGGCAAAAUGCAUCGAACCAAGGUUUUCAGCUUCUUCUUCUUUUUCUUCUUCUUCUUCACUUCUUUUUGGGUUCUCGAAAAAAGAUUUGAAUUCAGGUGAGCGGCAUGCAGGCGACGUCUUUCCAGAACAUGGAGGAGCCGUUCGUUCACAUGGUGAAAAAUAUCCUGCAGGACAGGUUCAACGAAAAAGCCGAGACUUUAUUUCGGAAAUUCUUCCAGUUCUGCCUCAAGUUCUUACUAGAGGGAUUUAAUAGUUAGGCUUUUUUAUCCAUUCCCCUUGUUCUUGAGCGGUUUUCAACGGGUUCCUGGCGAUUAGAAGCGCAAAAAAAGUGCAAAACGUUGAAUUGCGUAGUACAAAAAAGGAGGUCUCGCCGAACCCCGCAGAAUGCCCCUGCAAGUCCCAUUCCGGAUGCAAUUUCCUCUCGACGGGUCUCAGUUCUGUACAUUGCGAUCCACUGUCUUUUCCUCUUGCUCCAUUCUUCAGUUUUCCAAAUAUUGUACACCCAGGUCAUUAUAUUUCUUUUUCUUGUUAUCGGUAUUUGACUUCUCGUAAACGUUCAAGACAGUAUUACGCAGGACCUUUUUGGCCUGAUAAAAAUGUAUUAUUUAUUUUCAAGGGCUUUGGGAGCAGAAGAGUUUUUAGAAAUAUUUAUUGUUAUCUGAAGUCAAAAGUCCUUUAUCCUGAGAUUUUGUCAACCGAGCAUCUUUGUUCUUCCGAGGCUCAAAGCCUUCAUGGAUAAGCGGCAACGAAAAAAAAACCACGAGUAGUCAGAUUUAUUCAUAUUUAUAUUAAAAAAUUUCUCUUCCUUAAUUUUUUUCCCCGUUAUUUUUUACUUCCUCAAUAUUCUCAUAUGAAUAUCGGUCUGGUGUUUUCGUUUUCAAAAGGCAAAUAAAAGUGGAAAUAAAAGUCCAUUUCUGAUGCAUAGUCCAGAGGAAUAGUUCUAUAGACAAUGCGGGAUUAGCCUUGAAAGGCGAAGAAUCUCGCGUCGUUUGACGCAAGUUUCCCAUCCAAUACUUUUUUCGCCAUCAAAGCUGAGCGCGAGAAAAUAAAAAUACCUCUCGAAUAGUUUGGAAAAAUGGAGAGAAUUCGAGUCUGGCUGAGAAGGUUCUUUUUCCGAUAAAAAGUUAUAUUUGGAAUAAAAAAGAGUUAAAAGGCCAAUUUUUUGGUUAUAUUUGUCGUUUGCAGUUUGGAGCAAGAGCGGUAGAUCAAAUACAGAGUUCGCAAAAGAUGAAAGGCAAAAUGCAUUCGAAAGAAAUGGCCAAUUAUAUUCGAAAAAAGUAAUUUCCUGCGGAUUAAAAUUUUUGUGACACGCGGAAAUCGAGAUGAGUAGAAUUGCAACCAAUACAAUAAAGGGACGCAAAAAAAGCAAGACCAAAAUGGUCGGGGCGUGAAAAUCGCGGUUUUGGGGUCAGCGGACGCGGGACGACGACAUCUGAAUCGCACGAAAUCCACUUUUCUUCCUCCCCAAACAUCGGAUUAACUCGUUUUGCUUCUUCAAUUGUAUCUUUCCAUACAUCUUGCGUCGGAGCGUUCAAAGAUUUAUUUUUCUUGUUUCGAGAAUACCAAUUUUUCUGGGGUUGAGUAGCUUAGUUCAAGCUACACACAUGCUUUUUUUCACCUAUUAUUAGGGAACGUGUUGGAAAUAGUCUGUUUUUUUUGUGCUCAAAUCCCCCAUAAAUUGGGGUGAAAAUUUUUGUCUUGAUGUGUUUGAAAUGACAUUAAAAAAUUCGAGAAAAAACCCAAGACCUGAGGCUAUAAUAAUCAUUAUUUCGAAAAAUUAGAAAAAGGAACUAGGCUGCGUCAUCGAAACAAGACAAUGAACAGCGUUUGAUUCCUCGAACAUACAGUAAGAAAUAGAAUAAAGAACAUUGCGAAAAUUUGAUUUCCUUCUUGCUUCAUUUAUAUUCGUCCAUAGAGUUCAUUUUUUGAGAAUAAAAAAGUUCGAACUUUUUUCUAGGAUGGGAAAAACACUGAAACUUGCGAAAGUCGAGAACUGUUCUAGAAUUUUACCCGGCGAGGAGCGAAUCCACGAAAGCAUCCUCGUUGAAAGUGAGUUGUAAAGUUUAAAAAAUUUGUCCCAAACUUCCAAUUAUAAGACAUAGAUGCACCAAAAACGGAGCACAAUUUACCUUCUAGCAGAGUUAAGUCUUGCUCUCUGUGGAUCGAAUUGAACAAUAAUUGGAAGGACGGAAAACAAAAACUGAAACAACUUGUACAUUCAGAACCCAUCACCUCUACGCCGGACGGGGUCGUCAAGACUAUCUACGACGCUUUUCUCCGCAGCGUCGAGACCAAUUCUGAUGGCGCCUUGUACGGAGAGAUCGUCGACGGCAACUUCGAAUGGACGACCUACGCGGAAAGUCUUCAAGAAGCUCGCGCCAUCGGAUCUGGUCUUGUCGCUCUCGGAGUGAAACCUGGGUCACUCGUUGGCAUCGCAGGUAGAGUAAGGGAUCUUCUACUUCGCAGGAAAGGGGACUAAGAAAAAAUCAGUAGACUUUUUACAAAACGCAAAAAUCUCUCAUUCUCAAAAAGAAAAAAUAAAAGAUCAAAAAAGGAGGGCGUUAUCAGGAAUACAAUCCCGACGAUACAUGCACGCGAUGCACGGAUUGAUGUCUUACAGUAUGCCAAUCGUACCGCUCUAUCACAACUCCAAGCUCCAAAUCCUAUGGUAUUUUUUUUUCCAGAAAUGACUCUCGAUAUAAUUCUUUUCAACUUCAGCGAAAUAAUAGAAAAUUGCAAACUGAAUGCCGUGUUCUGCGACAAUCAAAAAAGAGCCAACGACUUCCUCGAGGCCAAAGUUAAUGGCUCUCUGGCGUCAUUAGACACCAUCAUACUCCUUAACGAUUCUGAAGUCAUAAAUGAUGACGGCAGCGGAGUGAAAGUGAAUCAACUCUCAAAUUCCGAAGUCUAGGAUGAUUUUAAGGUGAUGACCUACCAAGAGCUCAAAGAGCUGGGAACAGAAAAGAGAAGAGAGACGGUUCCGCCUUCGCCAGAAUCAAUCUACGUCAUUUGUCACACCAGCGGGACUACUGGUACCUUGAAAACUUGAUGAAGCUUUCAAAUUUUAUUUUAAAAAUUUUAGGUCGCCCGAAAGGAGUAGAAAUGUCACAUUCGGCCUUGUUAGCUGCGGUCGCUGGAAUUCUCACUUCUUGGUUGACGCCUCCUAACAAGUUUGUUCCACCCAAUGUAAAGUAACAAAAGUAUGAUUGAAGCUGGACGUUUGGAAAAGAUGACGUCUACUUCAGUUUUCUUUCCCUGGCUCACAUCUACGAGCAUCUGAUGCAGGUAGACUGAAAGAAAAAAAACUAAUCAAACUAAUUCUUUUUUUUAUAGACUUUCACUAUCUACGUCGGUGGGAGCAUCGGCGUUUAUAGCGGUGACGUCUCCAAACUCAUCGCCGAAAUACAAGUAAAUUUGAAACUCUUUGAAUAUGCUGUGAAAACAAACUUUUCCAGCUUCUUCAACCAACAAUACUAUCUCUAGUUCCACGCCUACUCAACAAACUAUACGAAGCUAUUCAUUCUGGAAUCCAGAAAAAGAACAUUCUUGCCAAGAUCGUAUUCCGAUUCGCUGAAAACGUUAGCUCGAGAAUCUUUCGAAAACAAAGGUCGUUUUCAGAGGAAACUCAAGUAUCUCAGGAAAAAUGAGGUUCGAUUUGACACAAUCUACGAUAAAAUCGUUUUCAAGAAGGUCAGAACCGGAUGAAAAUAAUUUUAGAUGUAUUGAGACUGUUUAGAUAAGUCAGAUGAUCGGCGGACGGGUGAAAGUUCUGACAAGCGGCGGGGCGCCACUGACCGCAGAAGUGAAAGAUUUCACGCGGAUCGCCUACGGCUGUCCUUUUGUUGAAGGGUCAGUAUCGAUACGCAGAGCUGCUGACCAGACCGGGGCGACCCGGGCCGCCCCGCGAAGCGGCCACAUUGUUAGAAGAUUUCUCCACAGUUACUCAAUGACAUUAAUUAAUUUUCAUUUUCUUCGACCAAUAGAUCUAUUUAUUAGUCGUUACUCUGAAUUUUUUCACUUAAACUUCAUUUUUACUUAUCUACCCAACGGGGCGCGGCGCCCCGUCAGCAGCACUUUCGAAACGUUUACAAAAAUUGAUGUAAUAAGAACUGUUCAAAAAGAAAUUUUAGGUACGGCCAAACGGAGUGUAGCGCUGCCGGUACUUUAACACUUCCGUCAGACACCUCAAACGGAAAUGUCGGUGGACCUUCUCCAUGGGCUCAGAUCAAACUAAUCGACGCUCCCGAGCAGAAUUACUUUUCAGAAAAGGAUGAAGGUGAACAAAGAUUUCAGACUGAAAAGAAUUGUCAAAAAAUUACAGGGGAGAUCUGUUUCCGCGGAGCCGCACUUAUGACACAGUACUACCAAGACGAGGAGCUCACCCACAAGGCUAUUGAUAGCGAAGUUAGUUCGAAAUUGUUUUCUCUGUGAAUCAGAGAUAGGAAACUAUCUCGAAUAGAAAAAAAUAUAUAGGUUCACUCACUGCCUUCAAUGUUUUUUGUUUUAUGGUUAGACAGACAGCUUAGUGAGACGCCAAAAAAACUAAAUAAAUAUAAUCAAGAUUAUUUGGAAAAAAACAUCUGACGUAUUUUUUUAAAUACGUCUCUUUAAAAUUUCUUUGAUUCUGCAAAAAUGUUGUGGAGCUAUGAAUAUAUGCAAAUGGGUCAGGGAUGGCUGCACACGGGAGAUAUCGGCCGCUGGCUGCCCAACGGAACUUUGCAAAUCGUCGACCGGAAAAACGCGCUGUUCAAGCUUGCCCAGGGAGAUUUCGUCUCUCCUGAACAAAUCGAAGCCGUUUACACCAAUUCUCCCCUCAUCACACAGCUCUACGUCACUGGUUCUGCCGAAAGAUCGUUUCUGGUCGGCGUCGCCGUCGUCAAUGUCGACACCUUACAAGCCUUCCUUCAAAAGAAACCACAGGUUUACAUUCAAAGUGGACUUUUCAAAGAUUAUGAAGAUUCAGUAAAUUCAAUACAAGAGAACGUAAGUCACAGGGGUCUAAACCACAAAAAAUAGCAAAAAUCCUCAACCACCGGAUUAUAUCUGGAAAUUUUUGAAAUUUAAGACACGAAAUUUUUGUCCCAGCAAACCAUACAUGGGCUAACCAACUACUUUUUGUGACGUCAUCACGUACCCCCCUUGAAAAAGUACGUACUCCCCUCGAAAAAACGUACCCCCCCCCGCGGAUGACUAUCAAUGUGAAAUGAUUAUUAAAGUUAAUAUAAGAAUUGAAUGAGACUAUUAUCUUAUUUCGCGGGCUUUUGGAAGUAUAUUCAGCUAGGUGUCAACACUGCAAAAACAGAAAUAUUUCAACUUUUUAGCGUAGACCCCCGAAAUCCGAAAAAUCGAUCUGUUUUCAAUGUUAUCCUACAUUAUGAAUCGAGUUUUUAUGAUCUGGCAGAGUUUCAGACCUUCUGGAUGAGUUUUUAAGGAAAAAUAGAUUUUUUUGGACCACCGGGAAGGGAUAUUUUGAAAUUUUGAAUUUUUUGGCUCAAAAUCAAUAUUGAUCUUGAGUUAACUCUAAAUAAGGUAUAUCCUCCAAAUUUCCAACCUUCCGGACGUUUUUUGACCAAGUUACAGUGUUUCAAAGUGUUUUCACUUGACGGUUUGCGUACCCCCCGUACCCCCCCAAAAUCGGAAAAUCGAUCUGUUUUCAAUGUUAUUCCACAUUAUAAAGGGAGUUUUAUGAUCUGGCCAAGUUUCAGGCCGUUGGGAUGAGUUUUAAGGAAAAAUAGAUUUUUUUGGACCACCGGGAAGGGAUAUUUUGAAAUUUUUGAAUUUUUUUGGCUCAAAAAUCAAUAUUAAUCUUGAGUUAACUCUAAAUAAGGUAUAUCCUCCAAAUUUCCAACCUUCCGGACGUUUUUUUGACCAAGUUACAGUGUUUCAAAGUGUUAUCACUUGACGGUUUGCGUACCCCCCGUACUCCCCCAAAAAUCGGAAAAAUCGAUCUGUUUUCAAUGUUAUUCCACAUUAUAAAGGGAGUUUUAUGAUCUGGCCAAGUUUCAGGCCGUUGGGAUGAGUUUUAAGGAAAAAUAGAUUUUUUUGGACCACCGGGAAGGGAUAUUUUGAAAUUUUUGAAUUUUUUUGGCUCAAAAAUCAAUAUUAAACUUGAGUUAACUCUGAAUAAGGUAUAUCCUCCAAAUUUCCAACCUUCCGGACGUUUUUUUUGACCAAGUUACAGUGUUUCAAAGUGUUAUCACUUGACGGUUUGCGUACCCCCCGUACUCCCCCAAAAAUCGGAAAAGUCGAUCUGUUUUCAUUGUUAUUCCACAUUGUAAAGUGAGUUUUAUGAUCUGGCCAAGUUUCAGGACGUUGGGAUGAGUUUUUAAGGAAAAAUAGAUUUUUUUGGACCACCGGGAAGGGAUAUUUUUGAAAUUUUGAAUUUUUUUAGCUCAAAAAUCAAUAUUAAACUUGAGUUAACUCUGAAUAAGGUAUAUCCUCCAAGUUUCCAGGCUUCCGGACGUUUUUUUUGACCAAGUUACAGUGUUUCAAAGUGUUAUCACUUGACGGUUUGCGUACCCCCCGUACUCCCCCAAAAAUCGGAAAAGUCGAUCUGUUUUCAAUGUUAUUCCACAUUAUAAAGGGAGUUUUAUGAUCUGGCCAAGUUUCAGGCCGUUGGGAUGAGUUUUUAAGGAAAAAUAGAUUUUUUUGGACCACCGGGAAGGGAUAUUUUGAAAUUUUGAAUUUUUUUAGCUCAAAAAUCAAUAUUAAACUUGAGUUAACUCUGAAUAAGGUAUAUCCUCCAAGUUUCCAGGCUUCCGGACGUUUUUUGACCAAGUUACAGUGUUUCAAAGUGUUAUCACUUGACGGUUUGCGUACCCCCGUACUCCCCAAAAAUCGGAAAAAUCGAUCUGUUUUUCAAUGUUAUUCCACAUUAUAAAGGGAGUUUUUGUGAUCUGGCCAAGUUUCAGGCCGUUGGGAUGAGUUUUUAAGGAAAAAUAGAUUUUUUUGGACCACCGGGAAGGGAUAUUUUUGAAAUUUUUGAAUUUUUUUGGCUCAAAAAUCAAUAUUAAACUUGAGUUAACUCUAAAUAAGGUAUAUCCUCCAAGUUUCCAGGCUUCCGGACGUUUUUUUGACCAAGUUACAGUGUUUCAAAGUGUUAUCACUUGACGGUUUGCGUACCCCCGUACUCCCCCAAAAAUCGGAAAAAUCGAUCUGUUUUUCAAUGUUAUUCCACAUUAUAAAGGGAGUUUUAUGAUCUGGCCAAGUUUCAGGCCGUUAUGAUGAGUUUCAAGGAAAAAUAAUUUUUUUGGGCCACAGUAGAUGUACAGUACUGGCCAUAAAGGUAUUUCAAAGUGGUAAUUCGAGCAUAACUUCUCUGAAAGUGGCUCAAAUGACUUGAAACGUUGAAAAAAUUUUAAAUAACUACGCAGUAACUUUUUCCCAAAAGAAAAACUCAUUUGCUCAAGUAAAACCGGAUUUGAGAGCAAAAAACCAAAAGUCGUGAAAAUGAAGAUUUUUUUCUUGAGAUUCGAAAAAUCAUAUCUUCGAAGAAACUCCGAUUUGAAAUCAGAAACUUUUUUUCCCGGUAAAACAAGUCUUCGACUUCCCAAAAAACCUAAUCAGCCCCCUAUCAACCCGAUAGCAAGAGCGUAGUGACUUUUUUUCUUUGAAGGCCUUUUUUUCUUUUUGACGCCUCGUCAUUCAGAUGGACUAUACGAGGUCAUUUUUUUUUUUAGAACAUCAUGUUUCCUGUUGAAAAACUUCGAAAUGCCCUCAAGAAUAGUUUCAUAUCGUUUUCUUAAGCUUUGUCACUAUAUCCUCUCUCCAGAACUCGCUUACUUCAUUAGGUCUGAUUUUUAAAAAGCUCGGAUUUAAAACAGUUUUUUUCUGGACUUACGGGCAUUCAAAGCAGUUUUUUUAUCUGAUCAAUCGCUUUUCAAUCGUGAUAUCGAGAAUAAAUAAUGAGCCAAAUUGCAGUCUCCCACUUCCUGAAGACUGCUAAUUUUUUUUGCUGAAGCAUUAGUUUCACAAGAUCAAAAAAACUUAUUUUCCCAUAAAGUUUGAAGAAACGUUUUUACAAUGCCUAUUUUUUUGACCUGAGAGCUAGAAAGAGGAGUUACAAAUUUAUCUAAUGAUCUUAAACGUUUAAAAAAAUUUUUUUAAAAAAAGGGGUUUUUUUAUCAUAUUUCACAAGAUUUAGAGCCUUCUAAGCAACACUUGCUAAAAACGAAGUUUUGAGAACUUUAAGAAACUCAGUAUAACUCACUAUAUCUUUUGAAUAGGUAAGCGAAACACAGUGAAUCUUUUUAUUCUUAUUCAUAAAGGUUCUGAAAAAAAGCUUUGGAAUCUGAAAUAAGAAAUUGAGAAUGUUCUGAUUUUGAAAAAAACGAGCAGAACCGCUCCAAAUCAGAGGUUUCAAAAAUCAGACCUAGUGAAGUAAGCGAGUUCUGGGCAGAGGAACAGUGACAAAGCUCAAGAAAAACAGUAUAAAAACUAUUUUUUUGAGGGUGUUUUGAAGUUUUUUUCAACAUGAAACAUGGUGUUCUCAAACAAAAAAAUGACCUCGUAUAGUCCAUUUGAAUAACGAUGCGUCAAAAACACAAAAGGCCUUCCAAAGAAAAAAAGUCACUACGCUCUUACUAUCGGGUUGGUAAGGGGCUGGUUGAACUUUUUGGAAAGCCGAAGUCUUGUUUUUACCGGGAAAAAAAGUUUCUGAUUUCAAAUCGAAGUUUCUUCGAAGAUAUGAUUUUUUUCGAAUCUCAGGAGAAAAAAAUCUUCAUUUCCACGAUUUUUUUGGUUUUUGCUCUAAAAAUCCUGUCUUACUCGAGCAAAUGAGUUCUUCUUUUUGGGGAAAAAAAUUACUGCGUAGUUAUUUAAAAAUUUGUUCAAAGUUUCAAGUCAUUUGAGCCACUUUCAGAGAAGUUAUGCUCGAAUUACCACUUUGAAAUACCUUUAUGGCCAGUACUGUAUGAAUGUAUGCUGAUCACGAUUUUUGCUAGUUUUUUUAAUUGUUAAACUUGUAUUUUUUUAUCGUUCACAUGUGUGGUAACGCCGUAGGGUGAGUUGAAAAAAAUGAGCGUUAGGGUGAAACUUUCUCUAAAUCAAACAUGUUGUAGAACACGAUUUUUUUAGGAUUUUUUUGAAAAACCGAAUAUCAUCACUCAAGCCGUUUUCGAGAUACUGUGGCUCAAAAAAAGGGGUACGGUCGAACCCUUCAAAAAUCUAUAUCUUGACAUAAAAUCGACGAAACUCUUCCAAAGUUUGUAAUAAGGUGCAAUAUAAUCUUAUUCAAUUUUUUUAAAAAAAUCUUAAACCUCAUUUUGCUCAUUAUUGCUCAUAUUACAGAGUUUUUAAAAAAACCACAAAAAAAUACUCUUUAUUGAGUCAAACAUGGAUUAUUCGAAUUUUCCAUCUAACACCCGGAAAUUCCAAAAAAACAUGUGAUUUUUGGGUAAGUUUCCCGAAUAACUUUUUUUAUCUCCUGUUUUUUUGGAUUGAAACUAGCAAAAAUCGUGAUCAACGCGCAUUCUUACAUCCACUAGGUCAUUUGCAAAACGAAACGAGGAAAAAAUUCAAAAUUUCAAAAUAUCCCUUCCCGGUGGUCCAAAAAUCUAUUUUCCUUAAAACUCAUCCCAACGUCCUGAAACUUGGCCAGAUCAUAAAACUCACUUUACAAUGUGGAAUAACAUUGAAAACAGAUCGAUUUUCCGAUUUUGGGGGAGUACGGGGGGGCACGCAAACCGUCAAGUGAUAACACUUUGAAACACUGUAACUUGGUCAAAAAACGUCCGGAAGGUUGGAAAUUUGGAGGAUAUACCUUAUUCAGAGUUAACUCAAGUUUAAUAUUGAUUUUGAGCCAAAAAAUUCAAAAUUUCAAAAUAUCCCUUCCCGGUGGUCCAAAAAUCUAUUUUCCUUAAAACUCAUCCCAACGGCCUGAAACUUGGCCAGAUCAUAAAACUCCCUUUAUAAUGUGGAAUAACAUUGAAAACAGAUCGACUUUCCGAUUUUGGGGGAGUACGGGGGGGUACGCAAACCGUCAAGUGAUAACACUUUGAAACACUGUAACUUGGUCAAAAAACGUCCGGAAGGUUGGAAAUUUGGAGGAUAUACCUUAUUCAGAGUUAACUCAAGUUUAAUAUUGAUUUUGAGCUAAAAAAUUCAAAAUUUCAAAAUAUCCCUUCCCGGUGGUCCAAAAAUCUAUUUUCCUUAAAACUCAUCCCAACGUCCUGAAACUUGGCCAGAUCAUAAAACUCACUUUACAAUGUGGAAUAACAUUGAAAACAGAUCGACUUUCCGAUUUUGGGGGAGUACGGGGGGGUACGCAAACCGUCAAGUGAUAACACUUUGAAACACUGUAACUUGGUCAAAAAACGUCCGGAAGCCUGGAAACUUGGAGGAUAUACCUUAUUCAGAGUUAACUCAAGUUUAAUAUUGAUUUUGAGCCAAAAAAUUCAAAAUUUCAAAAUAUCCCUUCCCGGUGGUCCAAAAAUCUAUUUUCCUUAAAACUCAUCCCAACGUCCUGAAACUUGGCCAGAUCAUAAAACUCACUUUACAAUGUGGAAUAACAAUGAAAACAGAUCGACUUUCCGAUUUUGGGGGAGUACGGGGGGGUACGCAAACCGUCAAGUGAUAACACUUUGAAACACUGUAACUUGGUCAAAAAACGUCCGGAAGGUUGGAAAUUUGGAGGAUAUACCUUAUUCAGAGUUAACUCAAGUUUAAUAUUGAUUUUGAGCCAAAAAAUUCAAAAUUUCAAAAUAUCCCUUCCCGGUGGUCCAAAAAUCUAUUUUCCUUAAAACUCAUCCCAACGGCCUGAAACUUGGCCAGAUCAUAAAACUCCCUUUAUAAUGUGGAAUAACAUUGAAAACAGAUCGAUUUUCCGAUUUUGGGGGAGUACGGGGGGGUACGCAAACCGUCAAGUGAUAACACUUUGAAACACUGUAACUUGGUCAAAAAACGUCCGGAAGCCUGGAAACUUGGAGGAUAUACCUCAUUUAGGGUUAACUCAAAGUUGAUAAUGAUUUUGAGCCAAAAAAUUGUAGAUUUCCAGAAAUCAUUUUCUUAUGGGGUCAGAAGUUGAUUAUUUUUUUCAAUUUUCCAAACGGCUUAAAAUUUGAUGAGCAUGUAUAUAUCAUCCAUUGGUACCAUUUAAACUAGAAUUCAGGUCGAUUAAUCAGCUCUGGAAUUUUUUAUAAGGCUAUUUCUACGAUUCCUCUCGAUUUUUUCUACCGUUUGGAGCUAGGCAAAAAGAUAGGCAACGAAUUUCUCACUAAAUGUACUUUAAAAAGCUCGAUAAAUAAUAUGGAUGCAUUUUCCGCGGCUUAGAAAGCCAUCUGAAUGAAUAGGGGGGCCCGAAAGUGAAAAACAGCCUGUUAGCCCACGUAUGCAGCAAACCUUUCGAAACUUUUUUAUGAAAUCAACUUUGAUGUAAUAUUUGGCAUACAUUUCAUUUAAAGCUCAAAAACCCAUCGCAAAUGGAUGAAGAAGAGCUUUUGCAAUCGAAAGAAGUGAGGAACGCCGUUCUGAACGAACUCAACGCCACGGGAAAAGCGAGCGGAUUACAAACUAUCGAACUCAUCCGAAACCUCGUUCUAAUCACAGAGGUGGAAUCAUUGAAUAACACUAUGAAGAAGCAACAUUUUCUAAGGAGUUCACAGCGGAAAAUGGAUUGGUCACGCCCACUUUGAAGCACCGGCGUCAUCUUCUCAAACAGAAAUUCGCCGCAGAAAUCGAAGAAAUGUACAAAGAAAUCGCUGAGCUUUAA